AUGGGGUUGUACGACGCGGUAGCAGGCAUUGCGGUGCGCCUGCUAGAUAUCAUCAGCACGUACCUGCAGGUCCCCUUCUUUCGAGUCAAUUUCCUCGACCUAACCGUUGACGGCCAUCUGAUCCUGGAGACCAUUCUGCUGGUGGCCAUCAUAUUCCUCAUGUCGCAGAAGAGUUACAAACCAGACAAACGAUUGCUCACUGAAACGGAGAUCGACAAUCUGUGUGAGGAGUGGGUGCCUGAGCCGCUGCACCCGCCCGCUCCCCCCCAUGCCCUCGCCCGCCACGUGCCCGUGCUGGACAAGGCGGGGGAGCCGUGGACGGUGGCGGACGGGCGCAAGAUGCUCAAUCUGGCGUCCAUGAACUUCCUGGGUCUCAUAGGCAACACUCAUGUGCAGGAUGCGGCCACAGCAGCCCUGCACAAGUACGGAGUGGGUUCCUGUGGCCCGCGUGGAUUCUACGGGACCAUAGACGUGCAUCUGGAUUUGGAGGAGCGCAUAGCGGCGUUCAUGGGUGUGGAGGGGUGCAUUCUCUACUCCUACGGCCUCGCCACUGUCGCCUCCACCAUCCCCGCCUUCUGCAAGCGCGGGGACCUCAUCAUUGCUGACGAGGGCGUGGGGUGGGCGAUGCAGAACGGCAUGACAUUGGCGCGCAGCACGGUGCGCUACUUCCGCCACAACGACAUGAGCCACCUCGAGGAGCUUCUGCAGCAGCAUGCCGCCGCCGACCGCAAGAGCAACAAGACCGACAUUCGCCGCUUCAUCGCUGUUGAAGCCCUCUACCAGUGCUCUGGCGAGCUGCUGCCCUUACCAGAGCUGGUGCGGCUGAAGGAGAAGUACAAGUUCCGUAUCAUAGUAGAGGAGAGCCUGUCCUUUGGCGUGCUGGGGGCCACGGGGCGCGGCAUAUCGGAGCACUACGGCAUGCCCGUGACCAACAUUGACAUCAUCGUCGCUGCCAUGGGCACCUCGCUGGCUUCUGUUGGGGGGUUCUGCUGUGGUAGCGCCAAGGUGGUGGAUCACCAGCGGCUGGGCGGCAUGGGGUACUGUUUCUCAGCGUCACUGCCGCCGUUCCUGGCGUCAGCAGCCAUGGCAGCGUUGGACGAGAUGGAGGCCCGCCCCGCCUCACGCUCCCUCCUGCACGCCAACGCCACCGCCUUUCGGGAAGCCAUGGCGACCCACUGCCCUGAUCUGGAGGUGCAUGGCCAUGCGGUCUCGCCUGUGGUGCUGCUGCGGGUGCGCAAGGGAGCAGGCGCAGGGGGUGCGGUGGGGGAUGGGAAGGAGGAGCCUGUGGUGCUGCAGAGGAUAGUGGAUGAGAUGCGGGAGGGAGAGAACGUGCUGGUGAGUGUUCCGCUGCGCUCGCCUCUGGACAUAUGCCCCUUGCCGGCGGGCAUUCGGGUGUGCAUCUCAGCAGGGCAUUCACAGGACGACAUGCUGCUGGCAGCUAAGGCCUUUGGCCGGGCAACUGCUCCGCCUGGCUGCGAGCCAAUCAUCACCGUCGGUUCAUUUCAUUUGUUGCCGAGGCCCAGUUAUUGCCUCUUCCGCGACGCCGUUGCGCCAGGCCCGCGCGCUCAUGGCGGGGGCUAUGGGCGUAUUGCGGAAUGCGGCCGCUCCCCGCGGAGCUGGUAUCAGCGGAACAGCGCGGCAAGGGGUCCACUGCCAGGCAGCAACCACCCGCAACGCAGCCUCCUCUCACUCCCCCAAACCGCUCUGCCAGUCUCCGGCCCCACGCUCCCCGGCGACAGCAGCGGCAGCAGCAGAAGUUCCUGCGGCGGAUUCAACCAGGGGAGUGGUUCUAGAGGGGUCUGCGCGCGCGCUGGCGCGAAUGUGGACACGAGCGCGACGGCAACGGAGGAGCAGACGGGAGGUGCGGGCGUGGACACGGGGGAGGAGGCAGCCGGCAGAAGGGCAGUGGUGAAUGGCGAUGAGUCAGGGCAGCAGGCCAGCAGAACGGGCAAGGGAAAGCUCAAGGGGGAUGUGAAGGCGAGUGAGAAGAGGAAAGGGAAGGGGAAGGAGAAGGGAGAGGUGGUGAAGCUGAUGCUGCACAACACGAUGAGCCGGAGCAAGGAGGAGUUUGUGCCUCUACGGGCGGGGCACGUGGGCAUGUAUGUGUGCGGUGUGACUGUAUAUGACUACAGUCACAUCGGGCAUGCCCGCGUGUACGUCUCGUUCGACGUGCUCUACAGGUACCUGCAGCACAUGGGGUAUGACGUCACAUAUGUGCGCAACUUCACUGAUGUCGAUGACAAGAUCAUCAAGCGUGCGUUGGAUCUGGGCGAGGAUCCGCUGCAUCUGAGCCGUCGGUUCAUCAGGGAGUUCCAUGCGGACAUGCAUGCACUGGGGUGCCUGCCCCCCACGCAUGAGCCCAAGGUGUCCGAGCACAUCCCCGACAUCAUCCACAUGAUCCAACAGAUAGUGGAUUCGGGCGCUGGCUAUGUUGUGGACGGCGGAGAUGUCUUUUUCGAUGUGGACAAAGCGGAGGGGUACGGCCAGCUGUCGGGGCGGCGGCAGGAGGAGAACCGGGCGGGCGAGCGAGUGGCAGUGGACGAGAGGAAGAGGAACCCGGCUGACUUCGCCCUCUGGAAGAGUGCUAAGCCAGGCGAGGUGUCGUGGGCGAGUCCGUGGGGCGAGGGGCGGCCGGGAUGGCACAUAGAAUGCAGCGCCAUGAGCAAGCGCUACCUGGGGUUCCGGUUUGACAUCCACGGGGGUGGGCGCGACCUCAUCUUCCCCCACCAUGAGAACGAGCUUGCACAGAGCAAAGCCGCAGCGGCAGCAGCGGCGGCGGCGGCGGCGGCGGCGGCUGGUGAUGGUGAUGGUGCUGCCCUGGCGCAGCAGCAUGUGGAUGAGCAGCAGCGACAGCAGGAGCAGGAGCAGGAGCAGGAGCAGGAGCAGGAGCAGCAGGAGGGGUGUUUGCACUGCGCAGCGGAGCAUGGCGGCGAGGGAGGGGAGGCGUGUGGAGUGUCGGUGUGGCUGCACAACGGCUUUGUGAACGUGGACUCGGAGAAGAUGUCCAAGUCCCUUGGGAACUUCUUCACCAUCCGCGAGGUGCUGGAUCGCUUUCACGCGGUGGCGGUGCGGUGGUUCCUGCUGUCGACGCACUACCGCUCGCCCAUCAACUACAGCGACCGCCAGCUCGACCACGCCUCUGACCGCGUCUUCUACCUCUACCAGCUCCUGGCCGACUGUGAAGCCGCCAACUGUCAACACCAGCAGCAGGUAUCAACUGGUGCAGGCGCAUCCAAGCAGCCUCCUGCGCCAGCCAAGGCGGCGGUAACAGCAGCAGCGCAGGUGCGAGCAGCGGCAGCAGCAGCGCUGGCGGACGAUCUCCACACGGCUCAGGCAGUGGCGAGCCUCUCAGAGCCCCUCAAGCUCAUGGCAGACCUGCUGGGGGCCAAGAAGUACAAGAAGGACCCCAGCAGGGUGCCAUCGCUCAUGGUGCUGCAGGAAGCAGUGCUCUCCGUGCUCGCCCUCUUGGGCCUUCCCACCUCUGGAUUCUCCCCGCUGCUGGAGGAGCUGAGACAGCUGGCGCUGAAACGGGCGGGUAUGAGUGCGGAGCAGGUGCAGGGGAUGCUGGAGCAGCGCGACGAGGCGAGGAAGGCCAAGGACUUUGCGCGGUCGGAUGCGAUUCGCGAUGAGCUGGCGCAGGUGGGGAUCAUGCUCAUGGACACGCCUGCUGGUACUGCCUGGCGGCCUGCUGCCGUUGCUGCGCAGGAUGAUGCUGAUGAUUCUGCCGGGCUGGUGUGA